UAUUACAGUUGAGACUUGAGAGAGAGAGCGAAGGACAAAAUGGAGGAGUGGAUUCCACUGUUGGACAUUUUCUUGAAGAGUCCAUCUCCGGAGACCGAGGCUUCGCUGUGGCUAGACCAGGCUUCGAACUCUUCUUCUUCCUCCUCCUCUGCGGCGGCGCCGAUCAACCGGAGCUCGUUUGUUUCAUUGCUGAAGAAACAAUGUGACCAGAAUUCAUCUCCGGCUACGAAGAAGGUUCUUUUCAUUGAGACAUUACCCAACAUGGUUCAGUCAAAGAUUCUAUCUUUCCUUCGUUUAGAGUAUCAGAGGUUUUGCGUUAGUGAUUUGGUUUGGCUGGCUAGAGAAAUGUUGUGUGGUGGUGGAAGUAAAGUAGUCGAUUUCUGGGUUCAGAGAGAUGCACAGAACCUGCUCGACAGAAUUCCUAAACCAAAGUUUGAUUGGAUAUCUCAUCUGGAUAUGGAUUCAGCUGAUGAUGGCGGUAUUGGGGAGGAUUUUGACUCUGUUCCUGAUUGGCUAAGUGAGAAGGUUGGUUCUGCUGGUACAAUUCUUCCAUGGCUUCCUGUAUCAUACGAUGAUUUAGAUUCGGAAAUGCUGGUUGUUGAUUCUUGGAAUGGGAAGGAGAUGACUCAAAUCCAAGAGGAUAUGGAAGAAGAUCAGAGAGAAGUUGUGGAUAACAUUGAUCAUACCAUGAAUGUUGGGUUACAAGCUGAUGAUCAUGAAAUGGCGGUGAAUCUUAGAGCUCAGGUUACGAACUCUGAGUCUACUUCUGAAGUUUUAACCUUGUGUAAUGAAAUUCGGAAACUUUGCUUAGAGAAGGGUAGGGACUCUUUUAGAGUUUUGGCUUUGAUUGAGCCUUGGAAUGCAGAUGAUGAGACUGCUGCGGUUUUACUUUCUAAUUUGCAGAGUGGAAGUGAGGAAGAUGAGCUUGGUUGGCCAAGCCAGGUUCUAUGUUCGAUUGUGCUUCCAAAGUUUGUGUCUCUCGAGAAGUCCGCCUCUCGUGUGCUGAUGUCUUCAACAAUCGAGUUUUGCAAGAUCCACCAAAGAGCAGCUGAGUAUGCAUUGGUGUUCCCUUUGAUACUCAGGAGAGAAGGGAUAAACAAUUUCAUUUGUGAGGUGAUUUCAAGGGUGUUGAAAGAAUGCUUGCACUUGGGUCAAAUUUCUGGUUUUUGCCAGAAGUUACUUUGUGGAAGAACAGAAGAGCGGAGGUUUAUGUUCCUUCCCUGCCAUCGAGAGCUCAUAUCGGAUGAACUGAUAUGGAAUGAAUCUCUGUUUAUCCUUUUCCAAAACAUCUUGAUCCAUGACGUCCCUUUAUCCCAAGACUCCGUUGAUUGCCUUGUUUCUAAGGUUCAGGAGUUGGCGGAAAGGUAUUCCAAAUCGCUAAAAUUUGGAAACUUCUUGCUACAUUUUACUGCCAAAUUUGCUCCGAUGCUACAGGCUCAUAAGUAUCAGCUGACCGAAUCAGUUAAGUGCACCAACAGUCUAGUUACAAAAUCUAUCCUAUCGAAACUCAAUGCCCUGUAGAUCCUAUAGCUCAAGUCUAGAUAAUUCCAACAAUUCUCUGUGGUUUGACAUCUGGAGCCUUUGUCUUGUCUCCAAACUUGGUGGUUAAAGAAUACUUGAGGUAAACUUGAAACUUGAAGCCUCUGGGAUACAAGAGCUUUGAAGCUGGAGAUAUAAUUGCAUCAGCAGCAAGAUUUUAGAACGUGGCUAUUGACCACUGUAGUAAGUGGAGUAAUUAUGAACCCUGUCGACCAUCCCCAUGGAGGUGGUGAAGGGAGGGCUCCAAUUGGUAGAAAAAAACCUGUUACCCCCUGAGGUUGUCCUGCACUUGAAAGAAGAACUAGAAAAAGGAAAAAAUAUAGUGAGACUUUGAUUCAUUGUCGCCGUCUACUUCAUGUGUCCCCCCUAUGCCCUAUCACUCAAUCAGUAUACAGAGGAACGAUUCAAGAAACACAGUCAGGUUUAGUUCACUUUUUGGGUCUUUGUUUUCAGUGACAAAUGGCUUUUAAGGAUAUUUUGUGCCCACAGUGUUCACAACACCUGUGUAAGCGAUUUGUUAAGCCACUGCUGAUCAACGAAUGCCUAAGCUAAGUCUCUCAGGUGAAACUCAAGAAUGGAGCCAUUGCCUGAACUUGCAUAUCCCACUGCGACUCUCUGUGAAAGGAAUUACAAGGCUGCAGCGGUUUAAUACAAAAAAAAUCAGCUUGAUUUGUGUAUAUUAUGCAUGAUGAUUAAUUAAAAUUUAACAUAAUAACUUGAUAAGAUUUUGUUAUGAGUAGAUUACAUUGGAACACCAGAUAUAAAUAAAUAAAAGGGCAAAGGAUAAUCUGCAACA